ACUGCAAUCAUAUAUACAUAUACAUCUGAUGAUAAAAUGCUUUUAUGAGGAACAAGUAGUAUAAAGUACUCAGCUUUUAUACACGUCCAUACAAUUUCUACCACUAUGGACAGAAGACUAGCCUUUUUCCUCCUUGUGUCGACGAUUCUAAUCUUGUCAGGGCCACAACAGGUUGAUUCCACGUGUGAAGCUGGCAAUGCGCGUGGGGGCCUGUACUGCCAAGAGAUUUACUACCGGGACUAUGGAGGAGACAUCUACUCCAUGUGCAAGGACUCUCAGAACCGACUGCAGGAUUGCUGUCUUUUCUGCCAACAAGUAUAACAGACAACAUGAGAUCAACCAAACAUGAUAAAAAGAGAAUUCACCAAAAUUGACUAUGCUUUAGCUGUCAUCUAAUUUCCAUAAAUAUUGAAGCAGCCUUUGUCUUCCUUUUUUAUAUUUAUGACGCAUGUGUUUGUCCAUUUGGUUGUAAAUUUGCAGAUAUUUUCCCUUUUUUCAAUCUCAUAGUAAUUAAUCAAAAACAAAUGUGACAAAAAUGUUAUAAACAUUUCGAUAUCAUGCGGAAAGAAUUAGUCAAAGCACUUUAAACUAUGAGCGCAGCAUCACGGAAACGAUUAUGAUUACUCGAUCUUCCUUAUCGUUUCGUAUUUCCAUACAUUCAAUAGAUUAAUUUGAAAUCAGUUCAUGAUGAAUCUACAUACUGUGGUUAUGUUUCUCUAUCUGGUUUUAUUAACGGUUGGAGUAAGCGGGUUAAAAAACAAAACGUGGCUGAAAUGUGUGGACCACUGGCCUGAAACAUUUAACGAUACGGCCGGUGGUUGUAGCUUUUCCGUAUCGCCAGAGUCCGCUAGUUAUUUCUCCAGUCAAGUUCGGCACAAUAGCUACAAUUUUGUACAUUUGAAUCUACAUUUUCGGAACACCUCUCUUUAUUGGACUCGGUGCGUUGUUGAGGCAGAUAAGUGGGUGUGGACAUUCGAUGGAGUAGAUGGUGCCAUGGUCUACUUGACUUGGCCGGUGGAAUAUAACCUGCUAUCGCUGGGGUUGCUGGAUUCUCACACAUUGCGAGACCAAAGGAUACUAAUCGACUCUCAUGGUGAAUGUGACAUUAUUAUUGGAACACCAUUGAUGACAUUUCAAGUAAUGAAAGCGCUUGCUAAUAUGACUGAAAAACUAAUACGAGAUUCAAAUGACAACGUUAAGUAUGACAGCAGUGUGUGGUGUUACAAGGAAAGAAUCAUUGUUGCACAGGAGAAAUGGUUUAUGUGUCGGUAUAUCCUUUGUCCUUUUGAAGCUUUAGCCUACAGAUGCUGUGGAUGGGAUAAAAAUAAACCUGGAAAUGAGCAUAAAAUUAAGUGCAAAACAACCAAACAACAGCUAAAAUGGUUUUUCCCAUUUAUUCUUGGAUCUCUCGCCUUCGUUUAUUCUCCAAUUUUUGUGUUUGGAAUUGUAGGGUUUUUGCAUAGAAAGUGUUCAUCAAACAAGAGAAAGCUUCUGAAAGUGGGUCGAGGUGUUUCUGUGGAGUAUGGAACUUUUCCAAAUCUGGCAUAUCCUUGUAUAAAUGAGGAAGAGACUCUUACAGGAGACUUUCAUACAGAGGAAGACGUAAUCUUUUACAAUCCAAUGAAAUUAGGGUCUAUCUUUGAAUGCUUUAAACGUAAUACCUGCAGGGUGCCCAAAACGUUUUUCAGAUGUCUGUUCCUACUUGCUUGUUUAUCAGUCCUCGUAAUAAAACUGCUUAUUUAUAAUUACAUGGUUAAGGAGUUUGUGGUUGAGAGCGUAAGACAAACGGUGCCAAUGGGAUUUCUGUCGAUUCUAGCAAAAACCAAGCUACAAAGACAUAAUUAUCUGCCAUGGUUUUACGGUCCAAUACCUGCACUGGUUCUAUUUGUUCUAUCUUCUCUUCUGUUUAUCUGUCUUCCGCAUGAUUUAGCUGCAUUUCUGUCCAACGGAUUGCUUGAAGAGAACAAAGGAAUAUCCAUCUCUCCACUCACAAGUGACAUUAACAUUAAAACUAAGUACGGAUCGUUGCCCUCUGUGUAUCAUGUAAAUGGUUACAAGAAAAUGAAAUUGAUAAUGACGUCACAAAUAUUGAUGCUCUUGAACAUGAAAUUUUGGAAAUACUGCUUGCUUAUUUAUAGAGCCAGGUGGAAUUCUUUUCUCAAUAGAAAAUACGGAAUAUCUUAUGCAUUGUGUUAUCUGAUUUUCCCUAUCUAUUUUAUAGUAUGUUUAGUUGAAAUGCUGCUUUGUUUACUCUAUUUUGGAUGUCCAGUCCUUUUUUUCUUUUUCACUGGUAUUAGGACUUACUGUGGAUCUGUUUUAGCAAUCUGUUCUCAACGAUUUCCAGUGUUCAACAUCUUUAAACUUGUUCUUACCGUCAUUGUGUUCGUAUUCUUACUGGUUCUCCUUUACUUGUUCAGUAUCAUUUUCAUUGAUAGUUUCAUUUUUAUCUCUCAGGUUCUAACAUACACUUACACAGGACUUUUCGCGAAUCCGGAUUUUUCGUACGGAUACAUCAUCUUAGCCAUUACUGUAGCCAUGUACAUUUUUGAGAGCAUCAACUCAAUACAUUCAACAUAUGAUGACCUUUUUAUCGAUGUUAAAAAUGUCUGUGUAAAACUUGAAGAGGAAAAGAAAUACCCGGAAAUGCAGUUAACUUACUCACUUGAUGAGUUCAUUGGCAUUUCCAGAAAGCUGUUUUACUACGUCAUUCAAACUACAAGACCAUUCAGAAAAGAAAUCUUUGUUUCCCUUUUGAAGAUAGGUCUGAUCGCUUCGGUCCUGUAUGUCUCCGUGGUUCUGUUGUCAGAUUUCCAAGAUUUCAGACGUAUGUCGGACCUCAUGCAAACCGCUGUGACUAUAUUCCUGUGCCUACUUCCUAAGAUCAUCAAGAGCGUGUGUCAAGUCAAUGAAACUAAAUGGAUGAUGCACAGGUCUUUGGAACUGAAGAAUGCCGUGCACUAUUACUGCAGAAGAGAAAUGAAAAAGAAACGAGAGAGCAAACUGUAAAAUUUGAAAUUGGUGAUAACAGAAUAUACUAGUAUACUUGCAGUUUUGAAAAUAAAAUGUUCAAAGCUAUAUCUAAGUAUAUUAUUUGAAGAAAAAACUGCAAAUUAUCUUACUAGUUUCCUAUUUCCUGUGUAUGACAUGUGUUUUCUGAUAGGGCUUUCCUUUUACACAUCUGUCAAUACAUUAUUGACAUAAUAUGGACUACAUUGUACAUAGGCACUUUAUAUUUAAUUGUUUAAACUAUUUAUCGAUGUAUAAAGAAAAAUUAAUAAAUUAAUAUU